AUGCCUGCCGAAGAUUCUACACCUGCACAACCCAUGUCGACCAUGCCGAGAAACCUAAAGCCUUCUCUUUUGCAAUCGACAGCUCUUGGUGGCUCUGCCGCCAUGUUUGCCGUCAAUUUUACGCAUCCCAUCGAAUUGGUCAAGACACGUGUGCAAGUAUCCCAAGAUGGUUUGCUUCGUACUUGCUCGUCUACACUUCGCAAUGAGGGAGUGACUGCUUUUUGGAAGGGAAUUCCGUGGGCCUAUUGCCGUGAAGGAAGCUACACAGCGAUUCGAUUGGGCGCUUAUGCUCCUGUUCGUGACGCCAUUGGCGCAGGCGCCCCAGGAGCUCCAUGGUACAUGAAGUUCUUUGCUGGAGCUAUCACUGGAGCUGUUGGAUCCGUCGCUGGGAAUCCAUUCGACGUUCUCAAGACACUGUCACAAACCAACAAGGGAGAAUCCAAACCGCUCAUGGCGCUUGUGGGACAAAUGUACAAAGAUCAAGGAAUCAAAGGAUUCUACCGAGGCGUCAAUAUCAACAUUAUGCGUGCCAUUGUCUUGAAUGCUUCCAAAAUGGGCGUUUACGACAUUGCCAAGGGCAAGGUCGUCGAAACGACCGGCUGGGCAAGAAACUCUCCCAAGACGGCAUUUUGCUCGAGUUUCAUCGCCGGAUUUUUUAUGACUUGUACUGUCGCUCCCUUUGAUCGUCUGCGAACCAAGAUUAUGAACCAACCGACCGACAAGAAAAUGUACUCUGGUUUGACCGAUUGUCUGGUCCAAACAGUCAGAAACGAGGGUCCUCUCAGCCUGUGGAGAGGUUUCGUUCCCAUUUGGGCCAGAUUUGCACCAAUGGCUACCCUACAAUUGCUCACCAUCGAAUUCCUCUAUGCUAGCUUUGGAUUCAAGAGUAUCUAA